AUGAAAUAAAAUUAAGUUUAAGAGGAAUUCGUAACCAUUUUAUAAAGCUUUGUAAGUCAAUAAAAUGAAUUGACUAAUAAGUUCUCAUAAUUUUUAUUGAAAUACAAAUAAUAAGAAUCAUUAGGGAUCUUUUCAAAGAUAUCAGAUGAAUUAGUACAAUAAAUGAAUAUGUCUUCACAACAAUAGUAAUUAUAAUAUUAGAGAUAUCAAACAAUUGAUAAUCAUGUUAGAAGUCAUAGAUUUAAAUUUAAAUACGAAUGUGAGUAUUGUGGAAAGGGAUACAUUCAUAAAUUGCCAAUGAAAAAACAUUUAAAAAAGGUUCAUUCAGAUUACAAAAAGGCAAGUUAAUUGGAUAUCUAUGAUGAAACUAAAAGAAAACAAUUUACUGCAAGAGAAUUAAUGAAAAAAAUAAAUUUAGAUGAUGGAUUUGAGAAUGAUUGUUAAAUGAUAACAAGUAAUAAAUUAUCUGAGAAAGAGAUUCGAUAAAAAUUAUUAGAGACACUUUAAGUAUUAGAUAAAUAAAAUGAAGAAGAGAAUAUUAUUAUUUAUGAUUCAAAAGAAGACUUGGAUUAAUUAGAAGUAAUUUUAUUAGAUGAUAUAAUUGAUUAAUGA